GUCUUCUCUAAUAUAAGACCUUCCGGGUCACGUAAAAUACGUAUGUAAACAUAAUUGCUGACUUUUGUACGACAGAAUGAGUUUGUUCCUCCCGAAGCUUUGCGGCAAGAAAGACAUUGAUGAUGUUAUUAAAGGAGUUGCAGAAAAGGUUCUGGUUUUGCGAUUUGGGAGAGAUGAUGACACAGUCUGCCUGCAGCUGGAUGAAAUCCUGUCUAAGACCUCUCAUGACUUGAGCAACAUGGCUUCGAUUUACCUGGUAGAUGUGGACAAGGCUCCAGUAUAUACUCGGUACUUCGAUAUCAGUUAUAUCCCGUCGACAGUCUUUUUCUUCAAUGGGCAACACAUGAAGGUCGACUAUGGGUCCCCAGAUCACACCAAGUUUGUGGGAAGUUUUAAAACCAAGCAGGAUUUCAUUGAUCUGAUUGAGGUGAUUUACCGUGGAGCCAUGAGAGGAAAAUUGAUUGUCAAAAGCCCCAUUGAUUCCAGAAAUAUCCCUAAAUAUGAUCUUUUAUAUCAUGGAAUCUAGACCAACACAACUAUGGGCUCUUCAGCCAUGAGAUUAUGAAUGCUAAUGUCAUGUACCAAGUGAUUCAAGUGACAACCCUUAUUUAAAAAAAAGAGAAAUGCAGCGUGGAGUGGCAGGGCUACCACUUAGUGAACAGUGAAACAGACACAGGGACUGGGAAAAACUCUUUACUCAUGGCUGAAGCAGAAUAGAUCCUUCGGAAAUAUGUUUAAAUUAAUUUGUAACUUGUUAACACCAACUUUGUAUUUGUAUACAGUUGCACUCAUAUUUAUUAUGUUUAAAUAAAAUGAUGCAUGAUUUUUAUA